CUUCAGGACCACCUUCGAGGACGGUACUAUCUAUCGCCUUCCAAGCUAUACUCAGUCGUCCGCCUGCUCCCAAACAAGCAGGGUUACGACGUCCCCGUGUCGGGUGACUGGGUCACCAUUGCAGUUGUCGCCGAACGCGGCAAGAUGAAGUACACCCAGGCACCGCCCGUCGGCGUCACCCACGACGACAAGCUGAAGCAAGACGGCGACCAGGACAAGAUGGACGAACUCCCGUCUCUCGACACGCCUUCUGCACAGGCUGGGUCGUCUCGCCCGCCCCCAUACCAGAAACGUCAGAAGCGGCCAGAGGAGGGUGGGAAGCAGGGCGGGAAGAAGUACGUGAACAUGCGGCUGAUCGACUUCGGAUGCCGGUCGCGCGGAUCUUCGGCGGAUGGCGGCACAGCGAAGAUACGUGGGGACGCGUUUCUGUCGCUGUUGCUGUUCGAGUCGGAUACGUGCGAUAUAGUGACGAAGGAGGACGGGACGAAGGAGAAGGUAUACAGGGGUGGGAGUAAAGGGGCGUUUGAGCGGAUAUCGAAGCUGAGGGAGGGCGCGGUCAUCGCGUUGUUGAACCCAAAGAUUUUGAAGCCGUUCCAGCGUUCUUCGGACAAACCGCAUCCGACGGAGAACAUCCUCGCUCUCACCCCAGAGUCAGACGCGUCCAUCGCAGUGAUCGGCUAUGCGCAGGACCUGGGCAUGUGCAAAGCGAUGAAGCGCGACGGGACUCGGUGCACGUCGUGGUGCGACAAGCGUGUCAGCGACGUGUGCGACUACCACGUUCAGAACGCGAUCGAACGCCGGCGGGCGGCAAGGCCUGAGUUCGCGGUCGGAACGAGCGGGAUGGGCAGUUCUGCGAAGUCGUCGAAGAAGGUGGCGUACGACCCAGCGAAACAAUGGGGGUUGAAACCUGAGAGCCACACACCCGGAGCGACGUACGUAGUCUCAGGGCACAUCGUGUCUGGCUCAGACUCGGGGUCGAUGUACAUUGGGGAGAACAUGGGCAGAGACGCGCAGGCGAAGGCAGUGCGGAAGGUGGCGGCGGCGGAUACAGACAAAGCACUGGAGAAGUUGCUAGCUCGAGACAAGGAGGGAACGAGGGCGCUGAGCGCUGCGCGGGAAUUCUCGAAACGGAGGGCGGAGGGGUUGGAGCAAGCGAGUAAGGGCAAGGCAAAAGCGGGGACAAGGGCACAAGGGUCGGGAAAGACGGCGGCGAAGAACGAGUCUGAGCGGAAUACCGCAAAGACAGACGAAGACGGUGAUAGACGAAAGAGCGCAUAUUCGGCGGGGCUGAUCAGGCAGCUUGGGUUUGACCCCACUGCUAAGGACGGAAGGGGUGCGAGGCAUGUGGGCGCGCAAAGCAAGGUAUAG